CGAUCCCUGGUGGAGUGAAGGGAGGAAAUCCCAGUGGCUCCUGCCUCCCAGCGAUGGCGCCGCGGUGCCGCGCCCAGUUCCCCGCCUGCCGGCCAGUACUCACGCCUAUCCCGAGCCCGCUCCGACGGUGAGAAUUGGAGCGGGUCCGAAUGAGCGGUGGGACGCUGCCUGCGACGGGGACCAUGAGGAGCGGCCUGAUCCGUGGGGCUGAUAGCGGGAGUAGCCGCGGCACCUGCUGAGAGCAAAGAGGGAGCGGCCGGGUGCGGCGGCGCGGCUGGGGUGCGGCGUCGGUUCGCCGGCGCCUCGGCCAUGUCGCUGCUCUGCGUGCGCGUCAAAAGAGCCAAAUUCCAGGGUUCACCAGAUAAAUUUAACACAUACGUGACCUUGAAAGUGCAGAAUGUGAAAAGCACAACUGUAGCAGUUCGUGGUGAUCAGCCUUCCUGGGAACAAGAUUUUAUGUUUGAGAUUAGUCGCCUGGACCUGGGUUUGAGUGUGGAGGUGUGGAACAAAGGACUGAUCUGGGACACGAUGGUGGGGACUGUGUGGAUUGCACUGAAGACUAUUCGUCAGUCAGAUGAGGAAGGUCCUGGAGAGUGGUCCACAUUGGAGGCAGAGACAUUAAUGAAAGAUGAUGAGAUCUGUGGAACUAAAAACCCAACUCCCCAUAAAAUUCUGCUUGAUACAAGAUUUGAGUUGCCUUUUGAUAUCCCCGAGGAGGAAGCCAGAUAUUGGACCUACAAAUUGGAGCAAAUCAAUGCCUUGAGAGCUGACAAUGAGUAUUCUAUUCAAGAAGAAAGCCAGAGGAAGCCGUUGCCCACUGCUGCCACCCAGUGUUCUUUUGAAGAUCCUGAUAGUGCUGUUGAUGACCGAGAUAGUGACUAUCGCAGUGAGACCAGCAAUAGCAUCCCACCUCCUUAUCACACAACUUCCCAGCCCAAUGCUUCCGUGCACCAGUUCCCUGUGCCUGUGCGAUUACCACAUCUGCUACUGCAAGGCAGUUGCCGGGACUCUUGCGAUGACUCUAUGCAAAGUUAUGACCUCGAUUAUCCAGAGCGGCAGGCCCUCAGAUAUCCUCAGAAAUAUGACACAAUAGAUAGGAGAAGGAAAAAGAAAACCUUAUACAGUUGUUUUGAAGACAGUGAAAGAAGGCAAUAUGACAGAUCAGGAACUAAAACUAACUUCAAAAGUACAUAUCCUAACACUGAAAACUGUAACCUUUGCCACACUGAAAAGAAGAAAGAAAAUUACCCAAUUUUGUAUCCUUACAAAAAUAGAUUUGUGGUUAAGAGUGGCAUGUGGUCCACUAAAUUGGAAAGUCAUGAUUAUGAUCUUUCCAGUUGUUUUAAGAACUGUGAAAAGUCAUCUGGCUUAAACCAGCAUGUGACUAAUUUCACUUCAUUAGAUACUCUUGAAGAUUCUACUAACAGCACUUCUGAUGAACUGGGUUCCCCCAUUUCUGAUAAGCAGGAAGGUUUACUGUCACUAUGUCAUCCAUCUAAUGUUCAUCAUGCUGGAGGCUUUCCUGAAGAAUGUUAUGUAGCAAAUCCAGCAUUCCCAUUACAAAGGAUGAAUUGUGAUGCGAACAUACUUGGAGGUCUGCCCCAGUUUCCAAUGGAAGAGAUGACUCCUUCCUCUAUAGAGCAGCCCAAGGAGGACUAUGUUGAUACAAUAGAUGAGCUUCAGUAUUUGGUGGAAACAGUAUCAGAAUAUUUAGCAGAGAAGGAAGAGGAGAUUGUUAGAUUUGGCUCCCUUUCAAAAACUAAAACCCUUGAACACAAUAGUACUGUUGAUAAUGCAGAACAGAAAAUACCUGGAUAUGAAAUACCACCUUUAACCACUGUCAAGAAUGACAAAGACAGUGCUGUCUCUUUCCCUGAGCUAAAUGGAGUGAAAUGUGGUGUUGGCUCUUUGCUCAGUUCACUCACAGAAAAGGUAGGCUUAAACACAAAACAUUUAAAAACCUCUGUGGAAAAGCUGGUUUAUAUAGUUCCAGAGAAGACAGAAACUCUUAAUCAAAUAAAAACAAUUAAUUCGGGAUCUAGACCCCGAGCCAAGUCAGUACUGGAGAAGGAUCUUUCCAUGCAGUCUUCAUUAUGCUCUCAAGCAGCUAAUAAUGAUUUUAGCAGACAUGACAAAACCUCUGAAAAUGAACACUUGGGCAGUAAAACUGGAAAUUUAUGCUUUCAGAAUGCAACAGAAACUGUUGGAAGGGACUCAGCUCCACAGAGUCAGAGUUCAGUUAUAAAGUCUGUUUUUAGCAUGCUAAGUCCAUUGAAGAUCUUUUUCGAAAAAGAUGAGACCAAGAAAGAGGAUGACCAGACCAAGACAAGGAAAGAAAGCUUCAUUGGGUGUGGUUUGGAGUCAAAUCAAAGGAAAGACACCCAUGGCAAUGACAGUAGCAUGGUUGCUUUAGGUAGGAGUGGUGGAGAAACUAUAGACUGGUCCCAAAUGCUCACUGAUGAGGAUUUGUUGUCUUUCCAAGCUGCCAUUGAACCUUCAAACUUAGCUAGUUCUGCAAGUAAUAAAGAUGAUAUUGAGAGUCUGUUGGAAAGAAAACCCGAUUCAGAUCUGUCUCUGUUACCAGAUGAUCCAAAAAUAUGUGCCAAAGAUACUCCAGGACAUCCUUGUGUGGCUGACAGUAGAACUGCAAAUAAAGAAGUUUCUUCAAAGCCAUUAGAGGAAAAUAAAGUUAUUGGUGAUAAUGAUUUCCUUGAGCCAUUCAGAAAAUCCUUUAGUCAGUUUUUGCUCACUUCCUCCAAGACCUGUUCAAAGGAAACUUUGUCAGAAUCUAUGAAAAUUCACCAGUUGGAAGACAAUGGAUGGGAAAGGGGCCCUAAGAAAGAUGUACAUUCCUUUUCCUUUAGUGGAAAACUGCAUAUUCCAUUUUUCAGAGUUCUUGGUCAUUCUGAAAAGCAGCAGGAUUUAAGAGAGAAAGGAAGUAUUUUUUCUUUGUUUAAAUUUCCUUUUACUGACAGCCAUAUCCCUGUCAAUGACCAGAGUUUUCAUGGCUCAGCAGUAACCAUUGAUGAAGGGAUCCAAAGAAACUGCCAUGAAAAUGCCACACUUAGUUCAAUAAAACGUAGUUCAGUUCCAAAUAUUCAUAAUGAUAUAGGGGAAUUUGGUGAUACAGAAACAUUUAAUGAGAAUGACCAAAUGAAUUGUCCUGAAGAUGCCACACUUAAUAAAGUAAAGUCUGAUUUAGUUCCUAACAUUAAUAAUAAUCUUAGGAAAUUUGGGAGUAUGGAGGAAUUAAAUUCAAGUGACCACAUAGUAUUAGAGAACUGCAAAAGAGAUACCGUAGCCAUCUCUGGAGUUGUGUCCAAAAACCAUACAUCGUCAGAUUUUUCAGGAGAAAGUAAGACUCCUAUACAAGUGAGAUCUUCAACAGUAUCAGACUAUUCAUUAGCAUUUACUUCUACCAUUUCAGAAUCCACCUUGGUUAAUGGAUUCAGUGAGGAAAAACCUGUAGAUAAAGCUUCCAAGAAAACCCAAGGAGGCCUCCUUUCUGGCCUAUUUAACAGGUUUUCUUCUCUUGACAACUUGUCUAGUCAAAAAGAAUUAAAUUUGGAAAAUGAUGACUCUCAUCACAGGAAUAACACCUCAAGCGUACUCUCUGGAAUAUUUAACUUGAUACCCAAUAGCAGUAUAACUGAUAAUAAACCAGAUGAAGCAAAGUCCAUGUCUUCAGGUGACAUUAUGAAUUUGAAUGGGAAUAAACAUUUAUACCUGGAUGAGAUCCCUAUUACUUCAUUUGCAACUUCUGAGAACCAGAGGAGCCAUGUUGAAAAACGAACUUCUGGUUUCAUAAAAAGUUCCUUACCUUUACCCAAAGAAAAUGUACCAUUAUCUGAUGCUUGGGUUGAUCAUUGCCAUUACCCUCCUACAUGGAAAAACCAGCAAAGUGAAAAGUAUUGCCCUUUUUCUGAGAACAGAGUAUUUCACUGUGUUCCAAAUGCUCAGCAGGACCUCUUAGAGAAAUCUUUGGCUAAGAGGCUGACACCACACUGUGUUCUUGAGGCAAAAGUACAUGAAAAUGCAAACAAGUUAAAUCCACCUAUACAAAAUACUAACAUUCUUAAUAAGUCAAGCCGCUAUCAGGCUUUUGAAGAGAUGAACAAUCCUUUCUGUUAUGAAUGGGACUCUGAUAUAAGAGAGUUCUCUAAAAAUUCCAGAAAAUUUCAGCCAGUUUAUUAUAUGUUGAAUCCAAAUACAUUUCCAUCAGCUGAUGUUUUCCUGUGGCCUGACUCAGAAAACUCAGCAAUAAAUUUUUGCCAAAAAGACCAAAAUACGAAUCUCUUGGAGGACAGAACAAAUCCAAAAAGUGUCAUUUGGUAUGAUUUACCAUAUGAAUCAUUGGACCAGUUAGCAUUUAAUGAAGAUUACUUAUUAAGAAGUGAUAUGUGGGCAGCUAACUCAUUAUAUGAAAAUUCUUUUCAUCUUCUAAUUAAUGAGACUAAAAAUUCAUUAGAAGAAAUGCCCAUUGACUUAAGUUGUUUUUCAGAUUAUGAGAAGACUACAUGCCCUAUUAUUAGUCAAGAAUCAUUAACAUUGGGUGAAAACUUUAUGUUUUCAAGUGUCAGUUAUGAAUACCAGGAAUGGUUGUCAUAUCUUGAAAAUGGAGUGUGGUGGCCAUCAGAAGAUGGAGAUUAUGGAUAUUUUAUGUUCCAUGAUGGUCAAUAUGUCUAUUCUCUUCUUACUGACUCUACUGGGCAAUAUGCAUAUUUAUUUACACCUGAUUAUUAUCAAGAGUAUUUGAAUUUUGAUUUACAGACAAAUGGUCUAUCAAGUAUUACAGUGCAUGACAGUGUUAUUUCUGCCUGUAGUUCAAAAGUACUUGACAAGGAAGAUGAAUUAUUGUGGUACAUUGAUGACAAACCAAUUGAGGACCCUCUUGAUUUAUCUUUAGUUUUGCCAAGAAGUGAGGGACCAAAGUAUCUAAAUUUAGGAACCUUUUCACAAAUACUCGAAGAGUCAAGUUACAGCCAACCAUUAGAUUUUUCAGGCUAUAAUCCUCAAAAGUUUAAGGGAGAUUUUGGAUCUUUUGAAGAAAGUAUGUGUAGUUCUGAAGACUCUGAAUGUACUUUGGAUCUCAGAAAUCAGUUCCAAACCAUUGGUAAUCAUGUCUUAAAUAAAAAUCAAUUUAUAGAGGAAGAUAAGAACCAGCUUCUUGCUAAGGAUUCAUCAGUUCAACUUUCCAGUCUCCAGUGGCUUCAGUCUUCUGAAGAAGCUGCCUCUUUGGUUCAUCUUGAAAAUGUGACUAACAGCCCACAGCAAAUAGAAGAGAUGUCGUCAUUAAACAAAGUGAAUUCGUUAUUUUCUGCUUUGGGUGCUUUGGUUGGAAGUACUUUGAAGUUUGAUAAGAUUGAAUCCUUAGAGUCUUUGGCCAUGCAGAAAAUAGAUCAACAGUCAACCUUAGCAGAGGCCACAAACAAUCAUCUUCAGUCAUUAAUCUUUAGUAAGCAGUUAGAGAGUAACUCCCAAAGUGAGGAGGAAAGUCUUCGAAAGGAUUCAGAGAGACAAAUAUUAGCCAAUGUUCAGCAACCAGAAGUUACUAAAAAUAUGAAGCAAGAAGUCCCUUUAAAUAAAAGCAUUGAUGUGAAAAAACAAAGUUUGUUAAAAUCUGUUUUCCAGGUAAGCCAAAUAGCUCCUCAGGCUAAAUCAGGUAUAGAAGAUGAUGGAAUCAUUACAGGUGACUCUGUUUCAGUUCCUCUUCCAUCACAGUUUAGUAGGGAUGAACAUAAGAAUUGUGAGUUUCCCCAGGACCAGCCUUCCAAAGAAUCUGAGAGAACAUUAUUUAAAAGUGCAUUGAAACUCUUUGGUCAUGGAGAAGACUCUUCGGUAAGUGCCAUAACAAAUGAAAAACACGCAUCUGGAUUUUUGAACCUCUUUAAAACCCAGGUGAAUAAAGAAGGAUCACCAAAUUUAGAAAAGAAUGAUAAUAAAAACAGAAAGAUAUUUUCUCAGGAAAAGAAUGAAUCUCCUGGUGUUUCAAAUUUUUUUGGUACUCUUGGGGAUUUCUUUAAAACCAGUGUAUCUCCUGCACAGACUACUGAAAAUAUGUCUGUUUCUUCAAUGACUUAUAAAGAUGAGGUCAAGUCAAGUCCUAAUCCCACACAACUAACUAGCCAGGAUUCUGUGAAAUUUCCUGCCACACCAAUUUCCUCUAAAGGGAAGGUUCGAGUUGGAAAUCUGAAGAAGCAGACUCCUGUUGAUGAUAGUGGGCUAAAGGAACCAUCAACAGGAGAGGUUGAGGGUAAUAAUUUGGCUGAAAAAUAUUUAUCUUCCAGAGAUCACCUAAUCCAGCAGUCAUCAAAUUCAUGUUUCUCUGUAAAUUGCCUCGAGGCUUCUAGAAAUUCUUCAGUAGAAACUAGUGGUGUGUCUACAGUGACAGAAGUUUCAAGAAGUAACAAAAUAUCAUUCGAUAUUCUGAACAGAAGAAAUUUGAAUGAACAAAAUGAUUUUUCUGACAAAGACAAGAGUUUUUCAACUGCCACAACAUCUCCAUCACAAACAGAGUUGCCAACCAGAAAGAGUAUAUUUUCUUUCCUGACUGGAUCUGAAAAAUCUGAGAACGGAGCCUCUGCUACUCUACUGAGAACCAAAUCUCAAGUGCAAGGGCUAUUUACACUUCCUUCGAUUUUUUCCACUACCAGCUCAGGCAGCAAGAAGGAUGCCUCUCAUAGUGGCUCUUUUAGUUUCUUCAGCUUGUCAUUUUUGGAUGAAAAGCAAUAUGCUCCUGGGGAAAAACAUAGCCUUUCAACUGUUGUUCCAGUAACUUCCCAGCCCUGUAGGAAGCCAAGUGCUUUUGUAGACAUGGGUGGCGCAAUGACUACAGAAGGUUCCAAUGGCAACAGAGGUAACAUAGUCCCGGAGGUGGUUUAUGAACAGCAAAUGGCUCCUUGUGUUUCCAUUAGCAACACCACUGAGGUUACCUCUGUUGCUGAUGAACUCAAUGUAGAGAAGGACUGUCAAGGAAAACGAGCUUCCAGUAUUGGAUCAGGCACGUUGUUAGAAGAUUUCCAGAUGAAUGAGUUACAAAAAGAUAUUCUUCCUCAUUCACCACAGGCACAGGCAAAAACACUGCUCACUGGUCCAGAGACCCAUGGAGUAGCACUCCAUGAAGAAGAGGCUUUUAUACAGGAAACCAUCCCCAGUGGCUCACUGGCUGAGUCUUUUUCACAUGAUAGCCAUUUGAUUGAAGACCUCAACAAUUUAGACACUUGUACUAACCACAACCAAAAUGAAAAAUCUACCAGUGACCCAUUGAACUUGCCAUUAGAAAAGGCCCCUGAUGAGGUCUUAACACAGAUCCUGGAGCAAACCUCUUCCUCUGUGGAGCCAGGGUGUGCAGAGCACCUCCAGAACCCAGAUGCAGAUAAAGGGGAAGACAAAUCAGUGUUGGGCUCCUCGGUAGAAAUACUUUCAGGGUUUGUGACCAAAGUGAAAUCUUUCCCUGGGUGCUUAAUUGAACCUCCCAAAACUUUCUCUGGACUUUUCUCCUCUCCUAAUCCUCCAAAGAAAAACUCCCUUUUCUCUCUUUCUUCUGGUGUAUCAUCUCAGCCCCUCAAAGGUGAAGUAUUUGGAAUUUUCAGAAGUUCCAAACCAGAGAAAUACAAACAAGAAUCACCUAUCCCAACUGCUGCAUGGCUUCAAAAUGGUAGUUUCAAAGAUGCUGUAGAAACAGUACCUACAGAAAAUUUGUGGAGAAAAGCUGCCUCUGUCGAACUCAAUUCAGAAUCUACUCUUACUGACCAUGGAAUGACUGUGGUUAGUGCAAAAUCAGAAUUGGAGAUCUUGACAGAUGAUCCUAAACUAAUAGCUGAAAUAGAAAAUAAUAUUCCUGACAAUAUUCCAGAACCCCAAGAUCCUGAAAUAGUUGGGGCUGCCUCUUCUGUUUCAGGGGAUGAAGCUGGGCAAGGGGUAUUGUCUCUGAGCAAUGAAGGGGACAUGGGGAUGUUGCAGGGCACAGAUACAGAGGCAUCCUUGGAAGCAGAGCAUAUUUCAUGGUCAGCACAGUUGCAUCCAGAUCCUACCUGGAUUUGCAGUGAGCUUCCUCCUCUAAUUCAUCCACCUCUUCCUCUUGAGCCAAAGCCAGUUAUGCAAUCUGACUCCACAAACCAAGACUUCUUAGAGCUGCAGGCAGCCAAUUCAUUAGGAAUCAAUACUACACUGUUCAGUGAGGCAAGUGUUGACAAGAGUGCCACACUGGGAACCCAAGGGCACUUUUCUCGCCCUCUGCUGAAGGAACUUGUGCUUUGUGCCAAAGAAAGUUAUGGGACACCUGAUGCCAAGAAAGAUCCACCUGCAGUCCACCAGGAAACAGAGCAGCCACGACCUCAUUUUGAAAUCCCAAACAUGACCAGUUGGCCGAAGCUCCGUUUCCCAUUGUCUGCUACUGACUGUGGGAAACCAUUGAGCUCUUUCUUUUCCCCACCUUCCUCCUCUGGAAACAGAGCAGCAGAGACUGGUUUACUGUCCAGUUUUAAGAAGUUGUCAACUCUAUUUGAGGGAAGUACUGAGGGGAGAGGGAGAGAAGUAGGAAGUGAUCCAAAACUAAGGGUUGGAAAGAAGCUGGAAUUUUCAUUCCCAUCACCAAAAGAGAAGAAAGGGGACCCUGAACAAAUGCCUGCAGAAGCCUUCUCUCCAGUUUUGGUUAUUAGCAAUGAUGAGGACUUUAACUCCAAUGAGGCUGAUAAUGCUUUGGAGUCUUCUCAAAUGUGUGGGGCCAGCUCUGAGCCAGUGAAGGUCUCUACUCAGCCCUUUGGGACCUCUGAGCAGCUACAGACCAGGACAAGUACAUGUGCUCAUGGCCUUUUAGGGCAUGGGGAAGUGGAAAACCAGCAGGGCAUCCCAACAUCUGGAGGGCACUGGGGUACCAAAGACAAUGGUUCUGACCCUGCCUGUCCUUCAGAGACUUGUGAGGAAGAGCACUGCACUGCCGCUGAGCUAAUUCACCAGCCAGAAACACAAGAGGAAGCAGUGCCUGCUAGCACUGACUCUGCUUCAAACCCACAGCAGCCAGUUACUUUGCAUGCCACCAAGACCAGCAAAAGUCCCACCAGCAGUAGUAGGUAUGGCUCCUCCUGUAAUGUGAGUCAAGGAAGCUCUCAGCUGAGUGAAGUAGACCAGUGUCACGAACAAGAUGAUGAGCAUCGGGAGAGGGGCUCGAUUCAUUCUGGCCACAGCUCUGGCAGCUUCUCUAAAGAUGGCCAGGUGGGUUUUGGAGAACAAGAGAAAGCCUUGGAGGUGGCAGGUGAAGAGACGGGGAGAGCCUAUGAACCCAAAGAGAGGAAGGAAGGAGCCGCAAGCCACCCUCCCCCAGAUCUGGUGCUACACAGAGACCACGUCGUAGACCCCCAGGAAAGUUUUUCCGAGGAGAAUGCAUCUUCACCAUUUACCCAAGCCAGAGCACACUGGAUCCGAGCAGUAACCAAGGUUCGACUCCAGCUGCAGGAGAUUCCAGAUGAUGGUGACCCCUCUUUGCCCCAGUGGAUCCCAGAAGGACCAGCUGGAGGCCUCUAUGGCAUUGACAGCAUGCCAGAUCUACGCAGAAAGAAGCCACUGCCACUUGUUAGUGAUCUGUCACUGGUCCAGUCCCGGAAGGCAGGGAUUGCUUCUGCAAUGGCUACCCGCACCUCUCUCAAGGAUGAAGAGCUGAAAUCCCAUGUGUAUAAGAAAACCCUGCAGGCCUUAAUCUACCCCAUCUCAUGCACCACACCCCACAACUUUGAGGUUUGGACUGCCACUACCCCGACCUACUGCUAUGAGUGUGAAGGCCUGCUCUGGGGCAUUGCCCGGCAGGGCAUGCGCUGCAGCGAGUGUGGAGUCAAGUGCCAUGAAAAGUGCCAGGACCUGCUCAAUGCCGACUGCCUACAGCGGGCUGCAGAAAAGAGCUGUAAACAUGGAGCUGAGGACCGGACCCAGAAUAUUAUCAUGGCCAUGAAGGACCGCAUGAAGAUCCGAGAGCGGAAUAAGCCAGAGAUCUUUGAAGUUAUUCGAGAUGUCUUCACUGUGAGCAAAGUUGCUCAUGUGCAGCAGAUGAAAACAGUGAAGCAGAGUGUGCUGGAUGGCACCUCAAAAUGGUCCGCCAAGAUUACCAUCACUGUGGUUUGUGCCCAGGGCCUACAAGCCAAGGACAAGACAGGAUCCAGUGAUCCUUACGUGACUGUGCAGGUGGGAAAAACCAAGAAGCGUACCAAGACCAUUUUUGGGAACCUGAAUCCUGUUUGGGAAGAGAAGUUCCAUUUCGAGUGCCACAACUCUUCCGACCGCAUUAAAGUACGCGUGUGGGAUGAGGAUGAUGACAUCAAGUCGAGAGUAAAGCAGAGGCUAAAGCGAGAGUCUGAUGAUUUCCUUGGCCAAACCAUCAUCGAGGUUCGGACACUGAGUGGCGAGAUGGAUGUCUGGUAUAACUUGGAGAAGAGGACAGACAAAUCAGCUGUCUCAGGGGCUAUCCGACUACAUAUCAGUGUGGAGAUCAAGGGGGAGGAGAAGGUAGCCCCAUAUCAUGUGCAGUAUACAUGUCUCCAUGAGAACCUUUUCCAUUACCUCACAGAUAUUCAAGGUAAUGGAGCAGUCCAGAUCCCUGAGACUCGAGGAGAUGAUGCAUGGAAGGUGUACUUUGAUGAGACUGCCCAAGAGAUUGUCGAUGAAUUUUCCAUGCGCUAUGGCAUUGAAUCCAUAUAUCAGGCCAUGACGCACUUUGCAUGUUUGUCAUCCAAGUACAUGUGUCCUGGUGUGCCAGCAGUGAUGAGCACCUUACUGGCCAACAUCAAUGCCUACUAUGCCCACACAACUGCCUCCACCAACGUCUCUGCCUCUGAUCGUUUUGCAGCCUCCAACUUUGGGAAAGAAAGAUUCGUAAAACUACUGGACCAGCUGCAUAAUUCACUGAGGAUUGACCUCUCUACAUACAGGAAUAAUUUCCCUGCUGGGAGCCCUGAGCGGCUUCAGGACUUAAAGUCUACAGUGGAUUUGCUGACCAGCAUUACUUUCUUCAGAAUGAAGGUGCAAGAACUACAGAGCCCUCCACGAGCCAGCCAGGUGGUAAAGGAUUGUGUGAAGGCCUGUUUGAACUCCACAUACGAGUAUAUCUUCAGCAAUUGCCAUGACUUGUAUAGCCGCCAGUACCAGCUGAAGCAGGAACUACCACCAGAGGAACAAGGACCCAGCAUGCGGAAUCUGGAUUUCUGGCCUAAACUCAUCACGCUCAUUGUGUCAAUCAUAGAGGAAGAUAAGAAUUCCUACACACUUGUUCUGAACCAGUUUCCUCAGGAGUUGAAUGUGGGAAAAGUCAGCGCAGAAGUGAUGUGGCAGCUCUUUGCCCAAGACAUGCAAUAUGCACUGGAGGAGCAUGAGAAAGACCGGCUGUGUAAGAGUGCUGACUACAUGAACCUGCACUUCAAGGUGAAGUGGCUCCACAAUGAAUACGUGCAGGAUCUUCCUGUCCUCCAGGGGCAGGUGCCUGAGUACCCCACGUGGUUUGAGCAGUUUGUCCUACAAUGGCUGGAUGAGAAUGAGGAUGUGUCCCUGGAAUUCCUGCAUGGCGCCCUAGAACGAGAUAAGAAGGAUGGGUUCCAGCAGACAUCAGAGCACGCGCUCUUUUCCUGCUCUGUGGUGGACGUCUUCACACAGCUCAACCAGAGCUUCGAGAUCAUCCGAAAGCUGGAGUGCCCAGACCCCAGCAUCCUUGCCCACUACAUGAGGAGAUUUGCUAAGACCAUCGGAAAGGUGCUGAUGCAGUAUGCAGAUAUCUUAUCAAAGAACUUCCCAGAUUAUUGCACAAAGGAGAAAAUGCCAUGCAUCCUGAUGAACAACAUGCAGCAACUGAGGGUCCAGCUGGAGAAAAUGUUUGAGGCCAUGGGAGGCAAGGAGUUGGACCCUGAAGCUGCAGACAGUCUGAAGGAGCUGCAGGUGAAACUGAACACAGUUCUGGAUGAGCUCAGUAUGGUGUUUGGAAACAGUUUCCAGGUGCAGAUUGAUGAGUGUGUUCGACAAAUGGCUGACAUCCUGGGCCAGGUGCGGGGCCCAGGGAAUGCAUCCCCCAAUGCCAGGGCCUCAGUGGCUCAGGAUGCAGACAGUGUGCUCCGGCCUCUCAUGGACUUCCUGGAUGGCAACCUCACACUCUUUGCCACUGUGUGUGAGAAGACAGUCCUGAAGCGUGUACUGAAGGAGCUCUGGCGGGUGGCAAUGAACACAAUGGAAAGGAUGAUUGUUCUGCCCCCACUAACUGACCAGACGGGCACCCAGCUGAUCUUCACUGCUGCCAAGGAGCUGAGCCAUCUUUCCAAACUCAAGGACCACAUGGUGCGAGAAGAAACACGAAAUCUCACUCCAAAGCAAUGUGCCAUCCUUGACCUCGCUCUGGACACCAUCAAGCAAUACUUUCAUGCAGGAGGCAAUGGGCUGAAGAAAGCUUUCCUGGAGAAAAGCCCAGAUCUGCAGUCCCUACGCUAUGCCCUGUCUCUGUAUACACAGACCACAGACACACUCAUCAAGACCUUUGUACGCUCACAAACUGCUCAGGGGUCCGGUGUGGAUGAUCCUGUGGGAGAAGUCUCUGUUCAGGUAGACUUGUUUACACAUCCAGGAACUGGAGAGCACAAGGUCACAGUGAAAGUGGUAGCCGCCAAUGACCUCAAGUGGCAGACCGCUGGUAUGUUCCGGCCCUUUGUGGAAGUGACCAUGGUUGGCCCACACCAAAGUGAUAAGAAAAGGAAGUUCACAACCAAGUCAAAAAGCAACAACUGGGCCCCCAAGUACAAUGAGACAUUUCACUUCCUCCUAGGAAAUGAAGAAGGGCCAGAAGCCUAUGAGUUGCAAAUAUGCGUGAAAGAUUACUGCUUUGCCCGGGAGGAUCGAGUUCUGGGGCUGGCUGUGAUGCCUCUGAGGGAUGUGGCAGCCAAGGGCAGCUGUGCCUGCUGGUGCCCCUUGGGCCGGAAGAUCCACAUGGAUGAGACAGGCAUGACCAUUCUCCGGAUUCUGUCUCAGAGGAGCAAUGAUGAGGUGGCCCGAGAGUUUGUGAAGCUCAAAUCGGAGUCUCGUUCCAUGGAGGAGGGAAGCUGAGCACCCAGACUCCAGUGCCAAUCAGAUGGCACUAAUUCUACUAAUCAGGAUCAGUGGGAGUUACUAUGCAGCUGGCUUAGGGUCCUCACAGUCAAGAGGCUGACUCCUUCAUUUGAGAAAAUUUAAGGAAAAAUUUGAGCUGGUGAGGAUAUGACUUUUUACAGAAAGGGUCACGAGUUCCUGACCAGCAGGUUUGUGGUGCUAGUUGCUGGGCUAUGGGGGUUACUGCAUAGGGAGAUUAUCCAUAAAGAGAGAGGGACAGGCAUUUCUGAGAGUGUCAGCAAUUCUUGAUAGACACCCUCCACCCCACACCCCAUCUCUAUCCCUCUUCACAUCCUCUCCAAACCAUACUCUAUCCAGUUAGACCCAUAUGCCAGUCAUUAGAAGAACAAGUUUAGGAAACCUGGACAGAUAAGUAGUCAAUUGAGCCUGCUGGUAUGAACAAGCCCUGUAGUCUGGAUUAGAGUAUGUCCAGAGCACAAGCAUACAGAAUAGAAUUCAGACUAUCCCUUGAGCAGGAACCACAGGUUUUGUGUGGCUCCACUAAGAAAGUUUUGAAACUGAACAGGGUAUCUUCCAGCAAUUAGCUGUGCUAAUCCCUUCCCCCAGAUUAUAUCUGUCAUGAGUCGAAUGAGGUUCACAUGGUACUUCAGAGACCUGAGCAGAAUAUUCUUUGGAACCCAAGCACCAGGGUCCACCAGCCCAGGAUUCCCCCUACCUCAUUCCUGUAGGAAGGAGCAUGAUGCUUCUAGACAUGAGAGGCUGUUCUUAUGAGUUGUACCUGAGGGCUAGUUGAAGGGUCCAGGAGAGAGGGCUGUAUUUUCUACCUGGAUAGGCCCUGAACAAAGCCAAGAAUUGUAGAAACCAGUCUAGAAAGUCCUCAUCUAUAGCCACUGCCUUCUGGUUGUCCUCUGCCUUGCAGCAAGAAUCUAGCCCUUGACAUCACUCCCUUUCAUCAAGGUCGACUGCCUUUCCCCUCAGAUGUGCAGACCUGCAGAAGGAGCUUGGACUGUGAUCCCUCUGUACAGGCUGGGUGGAGGUGGAGGCCCUCAACACUUCCUGGGAGGUCAGAGACAAACUCUUCCAGGGGCUUAUAUGGACCUUCCAGUCCCUUGCUCAGAGAUGUGACAUGGUCAUUGGAUAUCCUGUGUAGCAGCCUCCUGAACCUCCUGAGGACUCUGUGUGUCUACAGCUGUACUGGCCAUUACAUGAAGCAAGGAACUAAGCACCUUUGCUGUUGUUAAUUAUUAUAUGUGCCAUUGUUACAGGAAAUUUUGGCGAGUCUUUAAUAAAUUACCUUACAGCAGCA